AUGCGCCUCUUCACCUCACAUCUAAUCGGAGAAAAUGGAGGGUGCGGCGAAUCGGCGGAGGGAAGUAGACGGCGGCAACCGUGCUUUGGGCUCAGUUAUCGAUCUGCUCUGCCUCUCAUCAGGCGUCGUCGCCUCUUCCUUGUUGCAAUCAGGACGAUUAUUCAGGCCGUUAUAGAUGCGAUACACACCAAUAUUCGAAGAUCAUUCUCAAACAGAAUAUAUUACCCUUCAAGACACAUCAAAACCAAUAUGGGAAAGCAGGGCUACAUCCCCUGUGAUCGAGCGUAUACCAACAUCCAAGUUCAAGUUAAAAUUAAAAUAUGGGGGUUACUUUCGGCUAAUGAAGAACAGUUGUAGGCAAAUAUAUUAUUUUGGCUCUCAAAAAUGUAUCCACAUAGACACAGUUUUAUACAAGUUAAGUCAACUACACGAAGAAGUGAUAAAGCAUUAUUCAUCAAUGAGCAACCCAAAAUUUUCUAUUCUUUAUGUUGACAAGUAUGCACCAG